AUACUUAUCAGAAUCAAGAAGGGUGGUAAUUCGCCAAUGCGUCCAACGCUUCAGCUUGACAUGCUCGAUGUCCCGGCAGAACUGGUCACAUUAGUGCGGAGCUGCUGGAGAGAGAGCUCCGACAGUCGUCCAUCGAGCGAUUUAAUAUGUGAACAGAUGAAAGAACUUAUGAAAGCUGCAGGACAAGCAAAUCUGAUGGACCACAUAUUCGCUAUUCUGGAGGAGCAUACCGUUUCCCUUGAAUUAGAGGUUGAAGACCGCUCCAAAGAACUUGUGGAAGAGAAGAAAAAAGCUGACAUUCUGCUUGGACGUAUGCUACCAAGGUACAUAAGCCUAUUGACAUGA